UCCGAGGCCCAGGCUUCCGUGGCCGUGGGCAAGUCUGCGCGGCCUGGUCCGGGCCAUGUCUGCGUGAAGACGCCGCCGCCGCCGCCCCCGUCCCAGCCCGGUCCCCGCCGGCCCGGCCCGGCGCCGCGCACCAUGGGCUCCAUCCUGAGCCGACGCAUCGCGGGCGUGGAGGACAUCGACAUUCAGGCGAACUCGGCCUAUCGCUACCCCCCGAAGUCCGGAAACUACUUUGCUUCACACUUUUUCAUGGGAGGUGAGAAGUUCGAUACCCCCCACCCUGAAGGUUACCUCUUUGGAGAAAAUAUGGAUCUGAACUUCCUGGGCAAUCGCCCAGUCCAGUUUCCUUAUGUCACCCCUGCUCCGCAUGAGCCAGUGAAGACACUGAGGAGCCUGGUGAACAUCCGAAAAGACUCGCUCCGGCUCGUAAGGUACAAAGAUGGUGCCAACAGCCCCACUGAGGACAGCGAGAAGCCCCGAGUCCUCUACAGCCUGGAGUUCACCUUCGAUGCCGAUGCCCGGGUAGCCAUCACCAUCUACUGCCAGGCGGUGGAGGAAUUUCUGAAUGGGAUGGCUGUGUACAGCCCCAAAAGCCCUGCCCUGCAGUCCGAGACCGUCCACUAUAAGAGGGGGGUGAGCCAGCAAUUCUCCCUGCCCUCCUUCAAGAUCGACUUCUCAGAGUGGAAGGAUGAUGAGCUGAACUUUGACCUGGACCGGGGAGUGUUUCCAGUGGUCAUCCAGGCUGUGGUGGAUGAAGGAGAUGUCGUGGAGAUGACCGGCCAUGCCCACGUGCUACUGGCUGCCUUUGAAAAGCAUGUCGACGGUAGCUUCUCGGUGAAACCAUUAAAGCAGAAGCAAAUUGUAGACCGGGUCAGCUACCUGCUACAGGAGAUCUAUGGCAUUGAGAACAAGAACAACCAGGAGACCAAGCCUUCGGACGAGGAGAAUAGCGACAACAGCAAUGAGUGUGUGGUGUGCCUGUCAGACCUUCGGGACACGCUGAUCCUGCCCUGCCGCCACCUGUGCCUGUGCAACUCCUGCGCCGACACGCUGCGCUACCAGGCCAGCAACUGCCCCAUCUGCCGGCUGCCUUUUCGGGCCCUUUUGCAGAUCCGGGCAGUGAGGAAGAAGCCAGGAGCCCUGUCCCCCGUCUCCUUCAGCCCCGUUCUGGCCCAGAGCAUGGACCACGAUGAGCACUCUUGUCCCUUUAAAAAAUCAAAGUCGCACCCUGCCUCACUGGCCAGCAAGAAACCUAAAAGGGAAACUAGCUCAGACAGCAUCCCGCCCGGCUAUGAGCCCAUCUCCCUGCUGGAGGCGCUCAACGGCCUUCGGGCCGUCUCCCCGACCCUUCCCUCGGCUCCCCUCUAUGAAGAGAUCACCUACUCGGGUGUCUCGGACAGCCUGUCCCAGGCCAGCUGUCCACUCGCGGGGCUGGAUCGAGUCAUGGAAAGCAGUCCCCAGAAGGGCAAGUCCAGGAGCAGAUCCCCUGACAGCACCCUGAGGUCCCCAUCAUCCCCCAUUCACGAAGAGGACGAGGAGAAGCUCUCCCAGAACUCGGACGCUCCUCCACUACCCAGCGGGGCCGGGCUGGUGCUGAGCAGCUCCCCAGAGAGUUUCCUCACGGAGGAGGUUGACGAGAGGUCGUCGCUAAAGCAAGGGAGCCGUGUGCCCUCCAUCGAGAACGUCCUACAGGACGGCAGCCCCGAGCCCUGCGGCUGCUGCCCGCCUGGCCCGCCUGCCGACGUCUACCUUCCAGCCCGGGCACCCGACUCCUGCUCUGUUGGGAUCGAGGAGUAAGCUGGCUGCGCCACCUCCAUGGAGACACCCCGAAGCCUCUUCACCACUGGCCCCACCUGGCCUCUGCUUGGUGGCCCCAGUCCUGACAUGGAAGGCCACCGACCUGACUGCACUCUGAGAGCCUGGCUUGGCUGGCAGCAUGGAGCCCUCAGCUCCCCAGACUUCGCUGAGGGGCUGUCCGGACUCCACUGAGACCCCUGGCCUCUCCUGUCUGCACACCCUUCAUGGCCAUGGCUCCGAGGGCCUGCGGCACCAGUGAAGAGCACAGUAGUCGGUCCCCUCUGACAAACCCUUUUGUCUGUGGUCUCUGUAUUUGUGAAUGGUACAAGAUGAAGGACAGCCCCUUUCUGUCUCAGGCACUGAGCUCUGGGUUCCCCCAAAUGCCUUCUUGACUGAGUAGCUGGGGCUGGAGGCUGGGAGUUGGCCCAUAUGUCCCAGAUUAGCUUUAUCCAGCCCCCCAGCCAGUGGAACCGAGAACUCGGCAAACUGGCAGGAAAGGAUUUAUUGAUGGGUGAAGUUCUGUCUUAACCACAGGUAUUACUGAGGGGGGCUUGUUGUCAGGGAAGGAAAGGAAGGGGUCCAGGUCAUGGUCAAUGAAGGAAACAGUGCCUGUCCCCUCUCCCUAUGUGCGUGGCCUGGCUGGCACCGCUGCUUUGUGCCCUCUGUUGCUUUUCUUUCCCACUCAGGCCCUUCGGUGCAGGGCUGGCUCCCACAGCCGCAGCCCUUCCCUACAGCCUGCCCUCCAGGAAGCCCAGGUUCCUGCACUCGGGGUUGCGGUCUGGGUCUUCCUAGGGACAGAGGAGCAGGUGCAUAGCCUGUUGGCAGCAGUUGGUCUAGAGGCCCCUCUCCAAGUCCUGUACGUUCUCAGAGGUGGCUUUGCUCACGUCCUCAGACCCCUCUAGAUGGAGGGGCUUCCGCUUGACUAGCCCACCUGCCCCAGGAGGGAUCUGAGCAACUUCUGCUCCCUGUGCCAUUUAAAUGUCACUUUGCGUUUCUCUUUGAUUUGUUCUCUCUGGGGCUCCUGUGGUGGCACCUGCCUGGGGCAGGAGGGUCCCAUCUGAGGUGGCCUCGUCUUUUUCUUAAGAUAAACCACCUGGGCAACAGAAAGGCUGAUGGGGUACCCAGUCCUGGUGCAGCAGGGACCUUGGCCUGGUGGGUGGGUGGGUCUCUCUGCAGCUCCCAUGGGGCCAACACUUUUUGGCCUGAGGUUGGGGGGUGCAGAGGAGCUCACUUUCUGAGGAGCUGCCCUGGGAAGGAGGAUAGUUCUGGGGCAGCCAGCAGCUGUCCACAGAGAUCCACACAGCUGGGGGCUUUGUCCACUGGGGUCCUUGUUCUCUCUCCGGUGGGGCCUGUGGGCAGAGGGCUGCCUUAUGCACAGCUCUCGGCCAUGCUCAAGCCAACUUCCCCGGCCACUUGGCUCCCUGUCUUGCCUCCCCUCCCACCCACUGGUGUGCUCAUGGGUGCACACGUGCACACACACACAGGCUGGCCGUCUCCCUCUCUUCACCCUCAUCACCCGCCAACACCCUGGCCUGUCACUGUUGGUAUUGGUGCCAGUACUCUGAAGGACAGGUUGCAGACUGCCCUGUCUUGGACUUAACACGUGCUAUCAUUUGAUGUAUUCUGAUUGGCUAGUUUUUGUUCGUUUUUACUGUAUAUUUAUAGUAAUAAAAUCA